GUUUUUCUAGUCAGUAGUCAUUCAGCAUAAAGGCAGCAUAUAAAGCAAGAGAUUUUUGGAAACAUCUGCAGCCAGUUUGCAGGUACCUGUGUGGACUAGAUUUAAGACUGCUUGGGCCUGGAAGAACCACACACAGUGAGGGUUAUAGGGACGAUGUCCUCUGAGCCCCAGGGCCUGUCUUUCCCAUCCACAAGCAGCAGAAGCUCACCAAUACAAUCUCCAGGCCAUCUACACAACUUUAACCACCUAGGGACGCCCUGCUUCCAGAUGCCAGAAUCACAGUGUCACCAGAGCCAUCUAGGGGAGGGAUUUGCACCAUAUUCUGAAAUAAAAAGCACUCCCUAUAGGCAGAAGAAUGCUAUUGCCGAGCGCUUUCGUAGACACAGUGUAGAUGGAUCCCCUAUUGGACAGGAACCUGGUCUGGCUGAGAGCCGUCACUUUUAUCCAUACAGUCGCCAGUGCAGUGAAGGGGCCGUUCCUCAGUGUCAUCCCAUAAGAUGUCUCAGGUUGGCUGGUAAACUCACUUCAGCUGUUGGAUUGGAAGAACAUUCACCUUGGACUCCAUCGAGCUCUGAUGUAGAGACCUCCAGUUUUAUGCACCAAAUAGAUCAUGGUCUGCUCUUGGGGCAGGGAACUCAACAACCUUAUAAUGAGCCAGAGACGAGAUCCGAAGAACCUCCCAGCUACACGUCAGUUACUCAUCAGACGUACUGCACGCUCAGUCCUUUAGAACAACAGUUUUCAGGUGUGUAUUCCUCAAGGGGAAUAGAGAGUGUUUCUCAAUAUUGUAACCAAGGCUUGUCUUCACAAACAUCUCAGGACAGUUCUGCCCCACCACCAUAUCCUAAACCUGUUUACUCUUAUAGUAUUCUCAUCUUCCUGGCUCUAAGAAACAGCAAAACAGGCAGUCUGCCAGUAAGUGAGAUCUACAGCUUUAUGACGGAUCAUUUCCCCUACUUUAAGACAGCACCCGAUGGAUGGAAGAACUCUGUCCGACACAAUCUCUCAUUAAACAAGUGCUUUGAAAAAGUGGAGAACAAGAAUGGGAACUCCUCCCGAAAGGGCUGUCUGUGGGCCCUGAACCCAGCCAAAGUGGAGAAGAUGCAGGAGGAGCUACACAAAUGGAGACGUAAAGACCCCAUCACUGUACGGCGCAGUAUGUCCCGACCAGAGGAGUUGGAACGUCUGCUUGGGGAAAGGCCAGAAAAGUUAAAGACUCUUGGUGCUCACUUCAGUCUACAAAGCAGUCAUACACAUUCUCAUCCAUUAAGAGUUGGCAUGUAUCCAUCCUAUGGUCAGCCACCUGUCCAUGAAUCCAGUAUCCAGCUUCAAAAGUCUCCCUACAGCCCCCUGUCCCCUCAAACAGUCCACCCACCUCCGCCCUACGUAUCCCCAGAGCAUUUAGCCUUCUCUUUCUACUCUCCUCUCUCCCAGCUUCCCUGCGCUAGUCAUCCUCUGGAUUCCCCCUUACCAGCCCACACCCCACCAAGCUACAGCACCGCCCUGCAGUCCAGUCUCGGUACUGCAGGGGGUAUGCAAGAACUUCUGCUGGAGGGGGAAAUGAGUAAUGACGUCGAUGCAUUAAAUCCUACCCUAACAGACCUUCAAUUACACGGAAAUCUUUGGGAGGAGCUAAGGAAUGACAGCCUCGCUCCAGAUUCCCUGGUAGUCAUGGACACUUCUCCCUCACCACCUCACCUGAGUCCCACUCAAGGUGGUGUAGAUGUCUACGGUCUUCCUUCAGGGGAGUUAGGGUCAGUGGGAAGUGAAAGUGGGGUGCAAGGCAGCAUUUCUGAGCUGUACCUUGGGUUCUACACGACUUCUUUUACCAGUGCAGACAGCAUGCCAGGUCUCAUGUCCACCUCAGGAAACACUCCCAUUCCUCUGUUAUGAGAAUAAAACCUUCUAGGUUAAUUCAUAUACAGUAAUUGA